AAUUAAAGUUACAGACACUCUGGAAUAAAACAAAACCCAAGACACUCAAAAUAUAUAACGCACAUACUGUAAUUCAAUACCAAUACAGCACACGACUAACUCCUCCUUGUAACGAGAGAGAGAGAGAGAGAGAGAGAGGUGUGUUAUCAAAGUUUACCAAAGUUUUUUUUUUUUUUUUUUUUUUCUAAAUGCUGACGCGUAUAACUUAAGCGAAUUAGUUUUUUCCAACAGAGAAAAAACCUUGACACGGAAUUUGGGAUCAUGUUGCCUGUGUUUUUGUACGUCUUUUUGGGGGCAUUUUCAGGACUUCGGGGGUAUUUUUCCGAGGAGAAGCAACCUCAGGAAUCUAUCAUACAGAAACCGACGGUGGUGCUGGCCAUCAUUGCGCGGAACGCAGCGCAUUCCCUGCCGUUUUAUCUGGGAGCGAUAGAGAGACUCGACUACCCGAAAGACAGAAUAUCCGUGUGGGCGGCGACAGAUCACAACAUUGACAACACCACGGCAAUCUUGAGGGAAUGGCUGACAGUCAUGCAGAUAUACUAUCACAACGUGGAGUGGAGACCCAUGGACCAGCCUACGUCCUAUCCAGGAGAGAUGGGGCCCAAGCACUGGACCAACAGCAGAUACGAGUACCUCAUGAAACUCAAACAGGCAGCCCUCAACUACGCCAAGAAACAGUGGGCUGAUUACAUCAUGUAUGUUGACACAGACAACAUCCUGACGAACCCGCAGACCCUGAGUCUGAUGAUCGCUGAGAAUAAGUCUGUGAUGGCACCCAUGCUCGACUCUCAGACCGCCUACUCCAACUAUUGGUGUGGCAUCACCCCCCAGGGUUAUUACCGUCGCACAGCAGAGUACUUCCCUACCAGACACCGGCAUCGCCGCGGCUGCUAUCCCGUUCCCAUGGUGCACUCCACCUUCCUGCUGGACUUGCGCAAGGAAGGGGUUAAGAAGCUGGCCUUCCACCCUCCCCACCCUGACUACUCCUGGCCCUUCGAUGACAUCAUCGCCUUCGCCUUCUCCUGCCGCGUCUCAGGUGUGCAGAUGUACCUGUGUAACAAGCAGCGCUACGGCUACCUGAACGUGCCGGCGAAGCCACACCAAACCAACGAGGACGAUCGGGGCAACUUCGUACACCUGCAGCUGGAGGCCAUGAUUGAUGGACCACCCAUGUACCCCUCCGAGCAUGUUUUCCUGCCUCCUCGUCACCCAGACAAGAUGGGAUUUGAUGAGGUGUACCUGAUUAACCUGCGCAGACGACCGGACCGCAGGGACAGAAUGGUGAGGUCACUCUAUGAGCAGGACAUCGACGUUAAAGUGAUGGACGCAGUGGACGGAGGAGCUCUCAAUAGCAGUGAUAUUAAGCAGCUGGGGGUGGACCUGCUUCCUGGGUACUAUGACCCCUUCUCAGGCCGGACCCUGACUAAGGGGGAGGUGGGCUGCUUCCUCAGCCACUACAGCAUCUGGAAGGAGAUGGUGGACCUACAGCUGGAACGGGCCGUGGUGUUUGAGGACGACGUCCGUUUCCAAGGCAACUUCAAGAAGAGGCUGUUGAGGCUGAUGGAGGAGAUUGACCUUGUGGAGCUAGACUGGGACCUCAUAUACCUGGGUCGGAAGGAGGUGAACCCCACUAAGGAACAGCCAGUGGAGAACGUACGGAACCUGGUGGAGGCGGGCUACUCCUACUGGACCCUGUCCUACGUGAUCUCACUGCAGGGCGCAACGAAACUUCUCAACGCAGAGCCGCUCUCCAAGAUGGUACCCAUCGAUGAGUUCCUGCCCCUCAUGUACGACAAACACCCCAAAUACCAGCACAAGUGUGAUGAGCUGGAGGUCAGGGAGAAGGACUUUAGCUCUGAAUUGGAGCGCUUGACCAAGGACAAGAAGGAGAUUGUGUCCUUCCUGAAGCGCUCUCUAGACCAGCGAGCGGAUGAACUGGCUGACCUCACUGACCGUCUCAUUGGACUCCAGCAGGCCAAGGAUGCAGAGAAGGAAGCCUGCGAGAAUCAGCUGGCACAGCUCCGACAUGAGUUCCAGGAGAGCAAGGACCAGCUCACCUCUGAGAACAUGAUCCUGGCGGGGAAGCUGGCGUCUGUGGAGGAGUUCCGGGUGCAGAAGGAAGAGCUGAUGGGACGGCUCACGAGAAUGGAAGAACAGCUAGAGAAACAGGGGCAGGAGCACCAAACCACCAUCUCUAACCUGGAGAAGAAGGCAGUGGUGGACAGAGACAGGCUGAAGAAGGAGAUGAUGGUACGUGUGGCUGCUGUGGCGGCAGAGUUCCGCCGGGUCUCAGACAAGCAAAUGGCAGAAACCACAAAGAGGAUGAUCCGGGAGAACGUGUCUGUAACCGCUCAGCUAAGCAAGAGCUCCAGUAAGAGUCUGGAGCUGCUGCAGGAGAACCAGGCCCUGAAGGAGCUGGAGGAGCGGCAGAGACAGCAGCUGGGAGUGCUGGAGCACGGGCAGAAGGACCUGGCCAGGAGGAGCCUCAGCAAUCAGAAGGUGGUGAGAAUAUUGACAGAGAAGUGCAAGGAGCAGCAGUAUGUGCUGCAAGAAUACAUGGAAAAGGAACAUGAGUAUGACCAGCUGAAGUCUGACCAUGCCACCCUACAACAAGAAGUGCAGGUCCUAAGACAGGAGCUGGCCUCAAGGAAAGAUGAACAGAGAGUGAAGCACGCAGAGGCUGAGGAUCUGAAGAGGUGUCUGAUAGCGGAGCGGCAGAGCAGGGGCCAGCUGGAGAGAAUCCUCAAAGAGGCAGCCUUCGCUCUCAAGGAGGCUCUGCUCGAGGCGCCGUCUGCUAUGAAGGAGGCGGACCCUGAGAUCCAGACCCACGUACGCAGGAGGCAGAUGAUGGAGAAGCUGCUUUCCCUGCUGGACAGUGCCGCUCUACUAGGAGUUGGACCUGCUCUGAAGGAAUUCAAAAAGGAGACAGUAUCUCUCCAUGAACACAGAACCGAGCCUGGGUCAGACAGUCUCUCCCCGCUGCUCAAGGUCCCCAGACUCCUGCCACACUACAGAAUAGGAGACCUUGGGCUGGUCCCUCGACCAGAGCAAACCCUCUCUACCACCCUGAGCAAAGCGGCACCUCUCUCCAGGAGCACACAGCUUGAGCUGCAUAAACACCUGGGCCAGGAUUCAGUGGCUUCAGGCACAACAGCAGGGAGAGCUGCAGCACUCCUCCCUGAGAUUACAGCUGAAUAAAUAAACACCUCUACACACAGCAA